AUGAAAAGUGUGAAUGCAAAAGAUAAACAAUACACCAUUAGAAUAUCAUCAUAUAAUAAAUAUAUAUAUAAUAAAUUAAUAAACAAAGGACGUGGAUUAUCAGAGUCUACAAAUGGAUUAUUCAGAAGAACUCUGACUGGAAGUGGUGGAUUUUCAACGACUGGGAAUGGUAGUGGCGGUACUAGUGGUGAUCAAAUAGAAAUAAAUACACCUGGUAGUUUAAGAAGAAAUAGUAUAGAUGAGAGAAUACAUCUAAAUCAGAAUCAUCAGGUGAAAUCCGAUGAUCUCAAGAAUCGUGGUGGUGAUGAUCAAGAUGAUCCAGAUGAUCUACCGAUCACUGGACAUCAACAUCAUUUUCCAAUUCCAGAGACUGAGACUAUCGGUGAGAAACAACAGUUCACCAAUGAGAUUGUCUAUCUCAAACACCUGACAAUGCCAGACAAGACAGGAAUGUAUGUCUAUGCACACCAUCUCUCCUACUGUGUCAAAGACUUGGACAACAAAAAACUGGAUAAUCUGAUUGUCAACGAUAAAGACUAUCGUGUCGAUCAUAUGAUGCAAACUCUUGGACUGUGGGAACAGCGCGAUACUCUCAUUGGAAAUGAGUUUGUCCGUGGUAUCAGUGGUGGGCAGAAGAAACGUGUUACCAUUGGUGUCACCAUUAUCAAAGGUAGCAAUUUGCUGUUGAUCGACGAACCUACCAACGGACUCGAUAGUACCACAUCACUGGACGUAAUCGGAAGCAUUAGAAAGGUAGUAACUCAUACUUUCUCGCCUGCUCUUGUCACUCUCUUGCAACCCAGUGCUCAAAUAACAUCGUUGUUUGACAAUUUAAUAGUUUUAUCACAAGGACAGAUUGUUUAUUUCGGUCCAAUGUCAAAUGCACUCAGCUACUUUGAGGAAUUGGGUUUCACUUGUCCCAAACAUUUCAAUCCAUCUGAAUUCUUUCAGGAGAUAGUUGACGAUCCAUUAAAAUAUUCAUUUUUACAUCCUCCAAAAUGUCAAACAACUGAAGAUUUUGCAAAUGCAUAUAGACAAUCGAAAAUUUAUAGAGAUUUGAGGGAGAAAAUGGAUAGCAAUUCUUCUGGUAUUAUUUCCGAUUCUCCAGUUGGUGAAUUGAAAGAUAAUUCAAAGCUACCACCCUAUACACUACCAAUGACAAAACAAAUUGAAUAUUGUACAAAAAGAGGAUAUAAACUUACCUAUAGGAAUUUCGGUGCACUCGUUACGAGAUUUUUUAGAGGAAUUCUGAUGGGAUUGAUUUUGGGAACUCUUUAUUUAAGAAUGGAUCACAACCAAGGUGGUGGAAAUUCUAGAUUCGGUUUAUUAUACUUUAGUAUGACCUAUAUCAUUGUUGGUGCUUUUGGUGCAUUGUGUAAUUUUUAUUCUCAAAAAGUUUUAUUCUAUAUUCAAAGAAGGCAACGGUAUUAUAGUACAGCUCCAUUCUUGAUAAGUACAACUAUUUGUGAAAUUCCAGGAUCAUUAUUGGAGAUUUUCAUUCUAAUGACACUUAUACAUUGGAUAUUGGAUACAAUGAAUAACGGUGCAUUGAAAUUUAUAUGUAGCUUUUCAAGCAGUCAAGAGAUGGCAGCUAUUCAUGGAUCUAUUAUUUUGGGUUUGUUUUUGUUGGUGGCAGGAUACAUGGUGCCAGAACCAACUAUCAGAGGUUGGUGGAUUUGGCUGUAUUAUUUAUCGCCCUACAAUUGGAUGUAUCAGGGAAUGAUAAUCAAUGAAUUCGCUGGGCAGGCAUAUCACUGCAGCCCCAAUGAAAUGGUUCCACCGCUUGGCUAUCCAUUGUUGAAUGUAACUUUUGACCAAGGUGGCUAUGGGGGUGUACAAUCGUGUGCCAAAACUCAGGGUGAACAGUUUCUUCAUCAAUUCGGUAUGAGAACCAACGAUAGUUUCAGAGUGGUCUGUUUAAUUAUUGUGAUUGGAUAUUGUGUUGUAUUCAACAUUGCCGCUUACUUUGGACUUCGUUAUUUCAAACCGGAAUCCAAACCAAAGUCAAUGUUAGUCAAACCAAAAAGUUCAAGGAAAUCCAAACAUCAAAAUCCAACGACCAACGAUCAAAAUGUUUCUCAGUCGAUUGAAAUGGGACUAUUGGAUCCAAGUGCGUCAUCGAUGACAAACAACCACGGAAUAGAUAAUAAUAACUAUAUGAAAAAUGGUUGCGAAUUACAUUUUAUGAAUUUGACCUAUGAAGUGGACUACAAAAACAAGACAACCAAACAGAAAUCUAGAUUGAGAUUACUCGAUAAUGUCGAAGGAUAUGCUAAGCCUGGAAGUAUGUUGGCAAUAAUGGGUCCCUCAGGUGCUGGUAAAUCAACGCUUCUCGAUAUAUUGUCUGAUCGCAAAUCCAUUGGUUACGUCACAGGAACCAUCCUCAUUGAUGGAAAAGAGAGAACCAAAGACUUCGUAAGGUAUGCAUCCUAUGUUGAACAACAGGAUAUUCUACCUCCAACACAAACCGUUGGUGAAGCCAUUCUUUUCAGUGCAAGGUGUCGUCUUUCCAAAAAACAUUUUGACAAAGAGAGAUUGCAUAAUUACUAUGAGCAGAUUCUCGAUGUUUUAAAUCUUAGAAAGAUACAACACAAUAAGAUUGGAAUAGUUGGAAAUGGUAUAUCGCUGUCACAGAGAAAGAGAGUCAGUAUUGGAAUUGAACUGGCAAGCAAUCCAAAGUUGUUGUUUAUUGACGAACCUACCACUGGACUGGACUCUGGAUCAGCUCACAAAGUAAUGGAGGUAAUCAGCAAGAUCGCAAAAACAAUGAAUAGAACUGUGAUAUGUACAAUCCAUCAGCCAUCGGCUGCUAUCUUUGAACAGUUUGACCAACUUCUUCUUCUUUGUCACGGAAAGGUCAUGUAUUUCGGUCCACUUGGAAAUCAAUCAGAGAUUGUUCUCAGCUACUAUGCUCAACAAGGUAGAGUUAUGAAACCACAUCACAAUCCAGCCGAUUUCCUAUUGGAAAUGCCUGAGGAAUGUAAUGAAGAGUCUGUCCAAACCUUCAAACUAUCACACCACUAUCAGAUUUGUCAGGAAGAAUUGAACAGAGUGAUGCAAAAUCAAAAUAUUCUCGGCUCACAAGAAAGAGAUGUCGGUGACAACGAUCGAAAUUCAUGGAUUGAAGAAUUUAAGAUUCUAAUGCGACGUGCAUGGGACAAUAGAGUUCGUCGUCCUAAAAUCUAUGUUUCCAAUUGGACUAGAUCGAUCGUCGUAUCUUUUGUUUUGGGAACUUUGUUUUUCAGAUUGAAAGCAGAGUCUAUGGAUGCGAGAAACAGGAUAUCUCUGAUGUUCUUCUCGCUGGUGUUCUUUGGAAUGUCAUCGGUCAGCACCAUUCCAACCACUUGCAUGGACCGUGCAGUAUUCUAUCGCGAGCAGGCAUCUGGAUUCUACCGAGAGACCACCUACUUCCUCUCUCACAUCGUGUCGAACUACCCGUUCAUCUUUGUCAUUGUAUUACUCUAUUCUGUGCCACUCUAUUUCCUGGUGCAACUGGACACCGAUCCAUUUUCGAAAUUCUUUUUCUUUAUAUUCAUUCUCUAUAUGGCGAGCGUUCAGUUCGACGCCAUUGCAUUCCUCUGCAGUUUGGUUCUUCCUAACGACGUGGUAGCGAGUUCCGUUUGUGGAUUGGUCUUCUCGUUGUCGUCGUUGUUUGCCGGCUUUAUGAUUUCGAGAAACAACAUGCCCACUGGCUGGCGAUGGAUGAACGACGUCUCCAUCUUUAAGUAUCCGAUAGAGUCGGUGUCGGUCAAUGAAUUCGCUGGUAAACAUUACUCUUGUCCGGAUAAUCGUGGUGCCGUUCCCAUUCAUGUCGCCGACAACCAAACCAGAUAUUUCUGUCCAAUCACUGACGGUGAACAAUUUGUACUGCAUAGUUAUUCAUUCAAAAUUCAAGAUCGAUAUUCCAACAUUGCCAUUAUGUUUGCAUAUCUCUUUGCAUUUUAUAUUCUAUCAUUUAUUGCACUAAAGAAAAUUAAGUGGCAGAAAAGAUAA